AACUUCAUUAUUUUCACAAGCUUCCAUAAACUUUGUCUCGACUUUUUACAGUUGUUAUUAAGUAUAUAUUAUUUUCUGAUAAUGGAAAAUCAACAGGAUAGUUUCCGAUCUAAGCUGGCCCAGCUAAUUCCUCUGCUGCCUGAGAUCUGAAUGAUGAGAUUUCAUAAGGUCAAAUCCAACACCGUGUCUUGUCACAGCAGUUCCUGGACUGCAUGUGGGUGGAGCAACAGGCCUGGAGGUGCUCUGAUGUGAGGAUCAGAAGGCUCAGCUGUCACUUCUGAGAGCCUAAUGUCACUCUCACACCCCACUGGCUACAACUGAGUAAGCGAAGAGGUUAAAUAUAGCGCAGUGGAGCUGCACACAAUCACUGAUAGAGCAAGCAUGUGCGGCGCUGCACCUCUUGUCCCUGGAAUAGAAUAACAGCUUCACUGUCCCUGCAUGUGACUCAUUGAUUUUACAGCCCGCCUAACCACUCAGUCAUGCUUUCUUUUACUUGUUGACUCUUGGUUUGAAGAUCCUACAGAGGAAAGAUCUUUGGAUAAUGGGUACCACUAUCAGAAGAAUCGUUCUGGAGUCUGUCUAACCAUACAGGCUUUGGGACUGUGGGAGGAAAAUGAGGUCCAAAGAUAAUACAGUGGACGGCACGGUUAAUGAAGUUCUGGUUGUCACGCAAACUUCACAUGAUGCCAAAGAAGAAGAGGAGGGAAAAAUGCUGGAGACAGAAAAGACUAUCAAGGUUAAACACGUGGAUGAAUCGGAGAAAACCGGGCCUAAUAAGGAAGAUACAUCUGCACAGAAUGACGAGCAAAUGUUUGGGCUCAGAGAUCUGUCCAAAGACAAACUACUGGAACUGCUUGGGAUCAUGGAAGGAGAGAUCCAGGCACGAGAAGAUGUGAUCCAUCUACUGAGGUCUGCGCUGCUGAGUCGACCAGAGGAGCUGGAGUCCCGUUAUGGCUUAUCGGGGCCGACCCGACCCCUGCAAGCCCUGCAGAGAGACCGAACGCUCAGCAACAACCAUGCACAACACGAAAAUGUGUAUGAUAAGCCAAUGGCAGAGCUGGACAGAUUGCGGGAUAAGCACAAGGACUCAUAUCGCCGUAUGCUGGAACAGCUCUUGCUGGCUGAGAAAAGCCACCGGCGCACUGUUUAUGAGCUGGAUACUGAGAAACGCAAACACGUGGACUACAUGAACAAGAGCGAUGACUUCACCAACCUCCUGGAGCAGGAACGAGAGAGGUUAAAGCGGUUGCUGAAACAAGAAAAAGCAUACCAAAUAAGGAAGGAAAAAGAAUUUUCUAAACGUAUGCAAAGAACAUCUGGAGAGCUGGUUAAGCUGAAGUCCUUUGCACUCAUGAUGGUUGAUGAGCGAGAACUUCACUUGGAGAAAAUCGACAAACAGAGCCACAAAAUACAAGAUCUUCUCCAAAAACUCGAGGAAAAGGAGCAGAAACUACAUGAGGCAGAGAGAAAAGCAAAGGAAGACAACCAGAAAAUCCUGGAUCUUGAGGUUGAGCUGGAGCUAAGAACUUCUAAGUUUGCGAAAGAGCAAGAGGAGAUGUCUGCAAAACUGUCCAGCCAAGAAUCUCAACAUCUGCAGCUGUCCCAGAGACAGAUGGAAAUGUUACACAAACUCAAGGAGCUUGAAGAGACCAACGAAGCUCUUCAGAAAUCAGCAGAUGAGCUCCAGGCGUUAAAGGACAAGAUCAGAAAGGGCGAAUGUGGCAACUCAAAUUUGAUGGCAGAACUUGAGACUUUGCGCGAAAGAAUUCUGGAAAUGGAGGGUAAAGAUGAAGAGAUCACCAAAACUGAGAACAAAUGCAAUGAGUUGAAGAAGAUGCUUCUGGCUGAGGAGGCUCAGAAUAAAGACCUGAGGCUAGAGGUGGAAAAACUGCAACAGAGAAUGACACAGUUAGAGACACUAGAGAUGACCUUCAACAUGGGCAGGACAGAAUGUGCCCAGUUGCAGGCAGCUUUGGAAAAGGAGAAAAGCUUGACUAAAGACCUAACAGACGAACUCGUGAGCGUUAAAAUCCGUAUGAAGGAGCUUGAAUCGUCUGAGCUGAAACUGGAAAAGGAUGAAUUAGAUUUAAAAGAGGAUCUUUUGAAACUCAAAUCAGUUACUGUAAUAAUGGUUAAUGAGCACAAGAACAUGGCAGACAGAAUUAGGUCUGAGGAAAAGAAGAGAGAUGAACUGAACAAAGUCUAUAAGGCAGAGCAGGAGAAAGUCAUGGAGGUUACUGAGAGGUUAAUAGAGGAAAGCAAGAAGCGUCUGAAACUAAAGUCAGAGAUGGAGUUGAAGAUAGCUGCUCUUGUAAAAGAGAAAGAUGAAAUAAAGCGAAAGCUUACCAAAGCAGAACAAUGUAAAGAUCUGAGCUCCAAGCAUGGUAUAAUGAAGCACAGUACCAUGAACAAAGAAGAAAGGGAGUCUUUUCAAAAGGUGAUGGACCUGCAGAGUGUCUCAAAUGCACAUGGAAAAGAUGAGAAUAAAGUUAAGGAACUGACUUUGGAGACUGAAAGGCUUAAGAACCGUCUUCAACAGCUCGAAGCCAUUGAGCGAGACCUGAGCAAACCAGAGUAUGAUUUGUUAGCAACUGAGAAAGAAAGGGCACGUUCUCUCUCACAGCAGGUACAAGAAAUAAGUCAAACUGAGUUGAUUAAGGUAAUAGAGCAAGGUGAGGUAGGCUGUCAAGAGGCUGAACUGAGACAUCGGUUCAUUAUGGAGGAGGCCAAAACCAGAGACCUUCAAGCAGAUGUGCAAGCCCUUAAGGAGAAGAUUCACGAGCUCAUGAACAAAGAAGACGAGCUAUCCCAGCUACAGGUGGAUUAUUCUGUUCUGCAACAGAGGUUUCUAGAGGAGGAAGACAAGAAAAAGAGCAUAAGCACUGAAGUUCUAAACCUUACCAAAGAACUUGAGGUCACCAAGCGCUACAGCCGCACUUUACGGCCCAGCACCAAAGGAAGCAGAAUGGUGGAUGUUCCAGUGACGUCAACUGGAGUACAAACCGAUUCAGUCGAAAAUAGGACAGCUGACAGUGACACGCCUGCUGCAUUCAUUAAGAAGUCCGUCCAAGAGGAGAAUCGGAUCAUGAGUAGUCUUCAACAGAGGAGCUUAAAGAAGCCAGCGCAGAGACCGACAGUACGUGAACUUUACCCUCCAACAGUCAGUGACUAUACUGUGAAGAAGUCCUGGAUUCCUUGGAUGAGGAAGAAAGACAGCAGUGCUUCUGAAGUAUCUUUGGAAACCAGUGGGGAGGCUGCAACUUCUGAAGUCAGCAAGUCCCAAAAGUAUGACCAUCCAUUGAACGCUCAGGUCAUCCCAGAUAUUCAGAACAGCGAGGCAACCUUACAGAAUUGCAUUGGCCUUUCUGAGGACUUGACCAAACAAGCUUCUGCCAAACUAUCACGAGAAACUCAGAACUCCCAGACAACCAUCCUUCCUAUAAAUGAACGAACCAAAGAGCCAAAGAAUCCAGAAAGAGUUAGAUUACCAAUGACCUUUGCCUCAAUCUCGAGAGUAAAGUGUGCAGAGAUCAUGAGGUCUCCCUCGAUGGACAAAUCUUUAUCUCCUGUAUCCACUGCAUCCAUCAGCAGCUCCCAAGAGUCUGUGGACAUGAUAACAGGUAGAGCUGUAUUUAAGGAGACUCCUGAAAAACGAAUGGUGCCCACACCUAUCAAGAAGUCAAAUGCUAAUGUCGUUACCACAGAAGACAGUAAGAUUCACAUUCACUUAGGAUCACAGUUCAAGAAGACCACUGAUCAUGGCUCAGUCAUCAUGACCAAAUCUAUUCCCGUAUCAUCUGAGUGUAAUGAAGUUUCUACUGGAACUGUGCUGCGCUCACCGCACAGUGUGACUGCCAGCAAAUCAACAUCUAGCAAAGUAAUGAGCAGCAUCGCCAUCACGCAGGUGACUAAAGCACCUGCCAGACCCACACUCUCAGUGCAGCCCAUCACUGAUGUCCCAUCAGCACGAUCAGGGUUCAGUCGUAUUCCAAUGUCCCGGGGGAUGAAAACUGGAAAAGCCAUGCUUGGAGCUUUGGGAAUCAGCACAGGAGUUAAAAUGGAAACAAAUUAAACAAACAAAAAAACCAGCUGUCAUUAAUGGAGCCCUGCAUGGUGGAGGGAAGGGCUGAGAGCACUGAACAAAUAAUAUACAGGUUUACAUUUAUGUCUUGUACACUGUAUAUGAUUGUCACUUUCUGCAAUUGUUGUGUUGCAGAGAUGUAAGGGAAAACUGAUUUUUUUUGGGGGGGAAGAACUAGGGAAAGAGAGUUGGGAUUUGGCAACAUUGCCUUUACUGUCGCACAAAUGCUGCAGUAAUAAUGCAUUUUUGUUGGGCAUCCCGUAAGUCAGCAUCACUCUGAUUUAACAACUCUUUCUUUAAAAAUAAAAACUUUUUUCCCUGAAAGUUUGAGUUAGAAUAGUUUGCAAGAGCACAAACAUAAACACAAAGAGGCUGUAAAAGCGACUAGUGAGUAGAUUAGAGUAUAGAGUUUACCUGUUCGGUGUGGUGACGUUUAAUAUACGACAACCCAAAAACCCUCUUAAGUCCCAUUUAGACACUUGUUAGCAACUGUCUUUUUCAGGACAAGCAAUGUGAGGUAAAAAUGUGACAAUAUGUUGAAUUAACCACAGAAUUAAAACACAAUCAGCCAUUCAGUGUUCAAAACUGAGUGCCCACGAGCAGAGAUGUAACAGAUCCCUUCAGGUUUUAUAGACUUAUUUGGUUGCAACAGAUGCAUUUGAAGAAUAUUUAUCCAGUAAAAAACUGCAUAUCAAAUUAAAUAAAAUGGUUUAUAGCAAAUGAAAAUUUUUAUCUACAAAGAAUGUCUGCUAAAUUAUGUAUUUUAUUAGUGUUGUUUAUGAUGUUUAAUGGUGUAUAAUUUUAGCAUUUUCUAGAAUGUACAUAUCAGACCAAGCAUUUUCUGUGUAACUAAUUAUUGACUAUUGUUGUGAACUGAAAUGCAUUGAUAAGAGCCUCACCAAUGAGUAUGAUCUGUAAUAGAUUUUUAUUACCUGUUGAUUUGUAUUACCAAAAUGUCUUUCUUUUCGCUUCUUACACACACACACACACACACACACACGCGCAUGUUUGUUUUUUGUGAAAAGUGGUGACAUCCCAUAGGCGUAAUGGUUUUAUACUGUACAAACUGUAUGUGCUAUUGUCCUACACCAAUCCUACAUCUAACCCUACCCCUUACAGGAGACUUUCAUUUCAGAUUUUCAAUACACUCCAUUCUGUGUGAUUUAUAAGCGUUUUGAAAAGUGGGGACAUGGAGUAAUGUCCUGAACAGUCACCUUCUCCUAGUAAUACCUGUCAUACCCUUGUCAUUAUACACAUCUAUGUCCUCAUUUGUCACAAAAACGCGCGCGCACACACACAC